GACACCUUUUUUGGCUGGACCGACCGUUCACGCAGCGAGCGAAGCGUCUUAGUUUUGCUUGUCGUGCUCGCCUGACCUUCACGCAUAUAGAUUCAAUUAUUAGAUACGUUUUACAGAAAAAUCUUCAAAAAAAGUAACCAAAACGAAAUGUCACAAAAAGAUCCUUGUCAGAAGCAAGCAUGUGAAAUACAGAAAUGUUUACAAGCUAACAGAUACAUUGAGAGCCGAUGCGAAGACGUGAUCAGGGAAAUGCGUCGGUGCUGUUCAGCUCUUGCUGGGAAGGAUUCGAUCUGCUGCUCAGGGUUCGCGAAAGAACAGAAGACAGAAGGAGAAAGAAAAGCCUGACUGCUUGGUGUCGACGUGUUUUGUGAAAUGUACUCAUUCUGUUGUAUGUACGCCCCUGGACGUAAAGAUGAUGAUACUGUGGAAUUAUCCGCAAAUGUUUCGCUUAACGUUUAAGCUGUAACUAGAGCCAGUUGCCUGCUAAUAAUGGUAUCAAUGUUCUGUACACUCAUUCAGUUUCAAUUAAAGCAACAAUUACAAUGUAA